AUGCCACGAUUCCUGGAUACACGGACAGGCCAGUUCGUAUGGCGGGACGAUCCAACCAACGUCGUGUACGCCAUCCUUUCCCACACGUGGCGGUCCGCAGCAGAAGGCGGCGAACAGUCCUACGACGAUCUCCGCAUACUCCAGGCUGAAGUCGAAGUUACGAAGGCAUUCCCGAGCCCACUUUCCCCUGAGCCCGAUGGCGGUCAGGUAGGCUCGGAUCCGCUCAACUCCACCAUAUUCUCCCACCCGGCACUGUCGGACAAAACCCAGGGCAUCUGUCGAAUCGCGCGGGAGGCCGGAUACCGUCUGGUCUGGAACGACGCCUGCUGCAUCGACAAGUCGAGCAGCGCCGAGCUCACCGAGGCGAUCAACUCCAUGUUCCAAUGGUACCGGCUCGCGGAUGUGUGCUACGUCUACCUCGCGGACCUCCCAGAUACGAACGCCUCCGGGGUCGCUUUCGAGCAAAGCAAGUGGCAUCGGCGCGGGUGGACGCUGCAGGAACUCAUCGCGCCGAAGCGGGUCGUAUUUCUCAACCAGGCUUGGUGCGCCAUUGGCACAAAGUUCGCACUGGCGCCGGUCCUCGAGAAUAUCACUGAUAUCGACUUCGACGUCCUCACCGGCCGCGCCGCCCUCGACUCCGUCAGCGUGGCUCGGAGAAUGUCUUGGGCCGCUCGACGGGAGACCACGCGCGUCGAGGACAGAGCGUACUCGCUGAUGGGGAUCUUCGGUGUCCACAUGCCCACGAUCUACGGCGAGGGGAGCAACGCGUUCCUCCGUCUCCAGGAGGAAAUC